UCACAGACACUAAUCAGCAGGAGGCAGACACACAGAGCAACUGUACCAGCAGUAAUAGUCAUGAGUUCAGCUCUGUAUCUGAUCCUGCUUUUCUCAGCUCUGUGGACUCUCUCCUUCUGUGGGACUUGUCAGUUUCAUGUGGUGAAUGAAACUAAGAACUGGACUGAAGCUCAGAAAUACUGCAGAGAGAAAUUCACUGACCUGGUCACCAUUGAGAGCCAAGAGGAAAUGAACGCUCUGAUAGCUUUUCUCAAUGGGAGAGCAAACCAAUCCUGGAUAGGACUGAGACAGAACACCACUGUAAGAAAUCAGAGCUGGAUCUGGUCAGAUGGGAGUAACUCCUCAUACACAUACUGGAACACUGGAGAGCCAAACAACCCUGUGGGUGACAACUGUGUGCAGUUGUUUAGCCCUGAAUACAAGUGGAAUGAUGCAGACUGCAAAUGGCCAAAUCCACUUAUCUGCUAUAAAAAGCUUCCACUCAUCCUGAUUAAUCAGACCAAGACGUGGAGACAAGCUCUGAGAUACUGCAGAGAGAAUCAUGUGGAUCUGGUCUCUGUUCACACUGAGGAAAUUCAGAAAUGGGUGGAAACAGCUGUUGAUUAUGCCUCC